CCCCGCGUGCAGCCGCCCGGGCCCCGGGCGCUCCGGCCUCUCCGGCCGCGGUCAGCGAGGGGCGCGGGCCGGCCCGCGGCGACGGCGGCGGCGGCAUGAAAGUGACCGUGUGCUUCGGGAGGACCCGGGUGGUCGUGCCGUGCGGGGACGGCCACAUGAAAGUUUUCAGCCUCAUCCAGCAAGCGGUGACCCGCUACCGGAAGGCGAUCGCCAAGGAUCCAAACUACUGGAUACAAGUGCACCGCCUGGAACAUGGGGAUGGAGGAAUUCUCGAUCUUGACGACAUCCUCUGUGAUGUGGCAGAUGACAAAGACAGGCUGGUAGCGGUGUUUGACGAGCAAGACCCCCAUCAUGGAGGUGAUGGCACCAGUGCCAGCUCCACGGGCACCCAGAGUCCGGAGAUAUUUGGCAGUGAGCUUGGCCCCAACAAUGUUUCAGCCUUCCAGCCUUACCAAGCAACAAGUGAGAUUGAGGUCACCCCUUCUGUCCUUCGUGCGAAUAUGCCUCUUCACGUGCGACGAAGCAGUGACCCGGCUUUAAUUGGCCUCUCCACUUCUGUCAGCGACAGUAACUUCUCUGAAGAGCCUUCUCGGAAAAACCCCACCCGCUGGUCGACCACCGCCGGCUUCCUCAAGCAAAACACGGCCGGCAACCCCACUGCGUGUGACAGGAAGAAAGAUGAAAACUACAGAAGCCUCCCACGGGACACUAGUAACUGGUCUAACCAAUUUCAGAGAGACAAUGCUCGCUCAUCUCUGAGUGCCAGUCACCCAAUGGUGGACAAGUGGCUGGAGAAGCAAGAACAGGAUGAGGAUGGGACGGAGGAAGACAGCAGCCGUGUUGAACCCGUGGGACACGCCGACACUGGUGUGGAGAACGUACCCAACUUUUCUCUGGAUGAUAUGGUAAAGCUCGUACAAGUCCCCAACGAUGGAGGGCCUCUGGGAAUCCAUGUAGUGCCUUUCAGUGCUCGAGGCGGCAGAACCCUGGGGUUAUUAGUAAAACGAUUGGAGAAAGGUGGUAAAGCUGAGCAAGAAAACCUUUUUCAUGAGAAUGAUUGCAUUGUCAGGAUUAAUGAUGGCGACCUUCGAAAUAGAAGAUUUGAACAAGCACAGCAUAUGUUUCGCCAAGCCAUGCGUACAUCUAUCAUUUUGUUCCAUGUGGUUCCCGCCGCAAAUAAAGAGCAGUACGAACAACUCUCCCAGAGCGAGAGGAACAAUUACUAUUCGAGCCGCUUCAGCCCCGACAGCCAGUACGGGGACCCCAGGAGUGUGAACAGCGCGGGCCUUCAGACUCUGCCCCGGGCGCCCAGGCCGAACCCCCCGCCAGAGCACACGGACCCCCUCCCCCGACUCCUACCUCAGGGCCCGCAGCCCUCCGGAAAGCCGCGCGCUCCGGCCCCAGCCGCCCAGAAUGUGUUCAGUAGCAACCUAAGCAGUGGGUACAGCACCAAAAAAGUAGGCAAGAAGCUGGACAUCCAGCUCAGGAAAGGUACAGAAGGUUUAGGAUUCAGCAUCACUUCUCGGGAUGUAACAAUAGGUGGCUCAGCGCCAAUUUAUGUGAAAAACAUUCUCCCAAGAGGGGCUGCCAUUCAAGAUGGCAGACUGAAGGCAGGAGACAGACUUAUAGAGGUGAACGGAGUGGAUCUAGCAGGCAAGUCCCAGGAGGAAGUCGUUUCCCUGCUGAGAAGCACCAAGAUGGACGGGGUCGUGAGCCUUCUGGUCUAUCGCCAAGAAGAUGCCUUCCACCCAAGGGAACUGAAUGCAGAGCCAAGCCAGAUGCAGAUUCCAAAAGAAACGAAAGCAGAAGAUGAGGAUACUGUUCUCACACCUGAUGGCACCAGGGAAUUCCUGACGUUUGAAGUUCCGCUGAAUGAUUCAGGAUCAGCCGGUCUUGGCGUCAGUGUCAAAGGUAACCGGUCAAAAGAGAACCACGCCGAUUUGGGAAUCUUUGUCAAGUCCAUUAUUAACGGAGGAGCAGCGUCUAAGGACGGGAGGCUUCGGGUGGACGAUCAGCUGAUCGCAGUGAAUGGAGAGUCCCUGUUGGGGAAGACAAACCAGGAUGCCAUGGAAACCCUCCGCAGGUCCAUGUCCACGGAGGGGAACAAGCGAGGCAUGAUCCAGCUCAUUGUGGCAAGGAGAAUAAGCAAGUGUGCUGAGCUGAAGUCACCUGGGAGCCCCUCUGGACCCGAGCUGCCCAUUGAAACGGUGUUGGAUGAGCGAGAACGAAGGAUUUCCCAUUCCCUCUACAGCGGGAUUGAGGGCCUUGACGAAUCACCCACGAGAAAUGCUGCGCUCAGUAGGAUAAUGGGUAAAUACCAGCUGUCCCCCACGGUGAACAUGCCCCAAGAUGACACUGUCAUCAUAGAGGAUGACAGGUUGCCGGUGCUUCCUCCACACCUCUCUGACCAGUCAUCUUCCAGCUCCCAUGAUGAUGUAGGGUUCGUGACCACAGAUCCUAGCACCUGGGCCAAGGCUGCCAUCACUGACUCAGCAGACUGCUCUUUGAGUCCGGAUGUCGAUCCAGUUCUUGCUUUUCAACGAGAAGGAUUUGGACGUCAGAUAGCUGACGAGACUAAACUCAAUACAGUGGAUGACCAGAAAGCAGGUUCCCCCAGCAGAGAUGUGGGGCCUUCCUUGGGUCUGAAGAAGUCGAGCUCUUUAGAGAGUCUGCAGACAGCAGUCGCUGAGGUGACUUUGAAUGGGGACAUUCCCUUUCAUCGCCCACGGCCGCGGAUAAUCCGAGGAAGAGGAUGCAAUGAGAGCUUCAGAGCUGCCAUUGACAAGUCCUAUGAUAAACCUGCCGUAGAUGAUGAUGACGAAGGCAUGGAGACAUUGGAAGAAGACACAGAAGAAAGUUCAAGAUCAGGAAGAGAGUCUGUAUCCACAGCCAGCGACCAGCCUUCCCACUCUCUGGAGAGACAGAUGAAUGGAAACCAAGAGAGAGGUGAUAAGACCGAUCGGAGAAAGGAGAAAAUGGGGAAAGAGAAGAAGAAAGACCGAGACAAGGAGAAGGAGAAAAUGAAAGCCAAGAAGGGGAAGCUGAGGGGCUUGGGAGACAUGUUUAGGUUUGGCAAACAUCGGAAAGAUGACAAGAUUGAGAAAACGGGUAAAAUAAAAAUCCAGGACUCCCUGACGUCCGAAGAGGAGAGAGUGCGGAUGAAGCAGGAGCAGGAGAGGAUUCAAGCCAAAACUCGAGAAUUUAGGGAGCGGCAGGCUCGGGAGCGUGACUAUGCUGAAAUCCAAGAUUUUCAUCGGACGUUUGGCUGUGAUGAUGAGUUGAUGUACGGGGGAAUGUCCUAUGAAGGCUCCAUGGCUCUCAGCACCAGACCCCAGAGCCCCAGAGAAGGCCGCGUGAUGGAUGCUUUGUAUGCCCAAGUGAAGAAGCCACGGAAUUCCAAACCUUUACCUGCAGACAGAUCAACUCCCAGCAACCAUGAUCGGAUACAGCGUCUCCGGCAAGAAUUUCAGCAGGCAAAGCAAGAUGAGGACGUGGAAGAUCGGCGACGUACCUACAGCUUUGAACAACCUUGGCCCAACUCCCGACCGUCAGCGCAGAGUGGCCGGCACUCAGUGUCCGUGGAGGUCCAGCUGCAGCGCCAGCGCCAGGAGGAGCGAGAGAGCUUCCAGCAGGCCCAGCGUCAGUACAGCUCUCUGCCACGGCAAAGCAGGAAAAAUGCCAGCUCCGUCUCCCAGGACUCUUGGGAGCAGAACUACCCCCCUGGGGAAGGCUUCCAGAGUGCCAAGGAGAACCCCAGGUACUCCAGCUACCAAGGCUCCCGAAAUGGCUACCUGGGCGGGCAUGGUUUCAAUGCCAGGGUGAUGCUGGAGACGCAGGAACUCCUUCGCCAGGAGCAGAGGCGGAAAGAGCAGCAGAUGAAGAAGCAGCCCCCUGCUCCCGAGGGGCUCAACAAUUAUGACUCAUAUAAGAAAGUCCAGGACCCCAGUCACAUCCCGCCCAAGGGGCCCUUCCGGCAGGAUGUGCCCCCAUCCCCUUCUCAGGUCGCCAGGCUCAACAGACUCCAGACUCCUGAGAAGGGGAGACCCUUCUAUUCCUGAGCAAGAGAAGAAAGAGCAGAUGCUUCAUGUCAUGCAAUAAAGGACAUUUUCCUAUGAAGACUCGUAUUGGGGGAGUUUUUUUAAAACCUCAGUGGUACUGUGGAAUAUUUCUGUUGUCGGUAUCAGUGCCUUUAAGCAGUGUGGGCAAUUCGAUGGAAGGCCUUAAUGUCUUUGCCACUAUGUCUCAAGUGUCUAUUUCAUGGAAGGAUUUCUCACCAUCUGACAAUCACCUGUUCAAGGCAUUCAUACGCUCAUGGGGGUACCGGGAAUCAUAGCCCAUCCUGUGGGAUGUCCUCGGCUUUGUGUGUCCACCCCACACAACUUGUGGCCACAGAUGACCCUGAACUUAAGGGUGAUGUUGAUCCCUCUUUUUUCCCUUUAAGUUUCUUAGAUGAGGCAACAUCUCAGUCUCUGGUGGAUGGAAAUGGGUGACAUACGCCAGAAAUUGGGGCUCUGCGAUGCUUCACGGCACAGUCAUUUAUAAUCCUUUGUAACCAGUGUGGUUUCCCUUUUCUUUCUUGGUUCCUUGUAACAGGAAAGUUCCUUCAUUUAAAAGAAGCUAAGCCAUAUUCCAACACUGUCUGGUUAUCGGGGUGGGGGGAGGGGUCUCUUUGUAACUGCCUUAUAACUCAGUGUUAUCAAUAAACCAGUCAUUCUGUCUGCGUUUAUAAA